AUGUUCAAGAAAAAAGACGGAGUCAAGCGCCAACUCAAGAACGUCCGGAAACGACCCGAGUCGGAAGGGGAAGACUCGGAUCCUAAUGAGACCAGUACACAAAUAUUGCUGACCAAAAAGAAGCGCAAAUUGUUGACAGACAUUCAGUAUAAACGAGGCGUGGGCGCCGUUCAGCUCCUCCGAAACGCCAUAGAUACGACGAUGGAAAGAUCCGAACGACGCGACCCUGAAUUCGAAUCCAACGAAGCAUCCAAAGAAGGAAUUUUAGAACGGAAGCACAAGCAAGCUAUGGAAGCAUACAUCCGAGAAAAAACCGGUGCAGGGGCCGACCUCAAGGAAGAGCUCAAGCUGUCAACUGCCAGCGGCGCAACGUCGUUGACGGAAGAAGAGCUUUACAAGGAACUGGCGCAGAGAGCGAUCCAUAUGGUGGGGAGGACGGCCGUACAAUCUGAGAAAUCCGGCGACGUAGGGUCCGGUGGUGCGGUUCUCGUUGCGGGGACUGGUAUAGCGGAAGUGAUUUUACCAAUCAAUGAACGACUCCAAACUGCAGUCGAAACUGAAAACGCACGGGACAACCAUCAGUUUCGUGAAAGCCUUCCUGCCGCGUCUAGCGUUGCGUCGCUGCCCGGUCGAUUUCUGGUCCCGUCGAACUGUUCGCACUCCUCAGGGGUAUCACAGCGAUUGGUGGACGUCAAUGGCGACACUUCCACGUCGCCUACCAACGCACCAGCACCCAACCAUGCCAGCAAAGAUGAAACUCCUCAACAUCCAGACGAGGAGAGAUUAGGAUUCGAAGCAUUAAGAAAAGGAAAAGAUGGUAGCGCAUUGGGACGGGACACUCAGAAGCAAACACGACGUCGCGAUAGGGCUUCCGACGAUCGGGUAUAUAAGCAAUUCGUGGCUCGAGAAAGAGACCAAAAUCGGAAGUAG